AUGGAAGAAAUUCUAUCUAAGCUUUUAGUAUCGAACAAUGCAGUAAUUAUUCAAGGCACUAAAGAACUUAGAGAAGCAUUUAAAAAUCCCGAAGCUAUUCCGGCAUUAUGUAACGUACUUUCAACGAGUAACAACCCUCAGAUUCGUCAAUAUGCUGCUGUUAUUUUACGUAAAAGGCUUUCCAAGCAAAAACAUUGGAAUAAACUUCCUUUGGAUGUCAAAACGAGUAUAAAGCAGGGAAUAUUACAAAUUUUGAUAAAUGAAAAAGAUAAAUCUGUGAAAAAUUCAGUAGCUCAAUUUAUUGGCAUCAUUGCUAAACAUGAAGAAUCCAGUUCAAGUUGGCCGGAACUUUUGAAACUUGUUCAAAGUUUAGUGACAAGCACAAAUACGGAAGAAAUAGAGUUAGGAGUAUUCACUCUGUCAGUUUUAACAGAUGUGGCUUUAGACAUAUUUUCAAAACACCCUGAACAUUUUUCAGCUUUUUUUAUGAACACAUUUCAGUCACCUAAUUGUUUGAAUACAACAUUUGGAUAUUAUACAAUUAUGACGAUGAUUCAUGUUGUUUCAUUGUGCGAAUCAAACUCUGCAUUGCAAAAUGCUUACAAUAAAACAAUUCCUCAAAUAAUUCAAAUUGUCAAAUAUUUGGCAACAACAGAUGAGCAAAAAGCUUGCGAUUGCUUGGAAUUGUUUGAUGAAAUAUCCGGAUGUGCAGAUUCUUUACUUAUUCCUCAUGUUCAGGCUAUAAUUCACAUGUGUUUAGAAUUGGCAAGUAACAAAAAUUUAGGUGAUGAAAUCAGAAGUAAAGCUAUUAAUUUAGUCGGUUGGAUAACAAGAGUUAGAAGGAAGUCCAUCAUCAAGCAUAAACUCAUCAAACCAAUAGUUGACACUGUAUUUGCUCUUAUGUGUGAACCUCCAGAUGAGGAUAAUGAAGAAGAAGAAGAUUAUUUUGCAGAUGAUGAUGAUGACACUAGCCCAUCGACUAAUGCUGCUCAAACUUUAGAUGUAUUAGCACUUAAUUUGCCACCUGAGAAAUUAAUUACUCCAGUUCUUGAAUGGGUUAGCAAGGGAUUAGCGGGAAACAACAUUCAUGAAAAAAAAGCAUCUUACCUUGCUCUGGCCAUGUUGGCUGAAGGUUGUUUUGAAUGUAUCAGAAAUAAAUAUUUAAAAGAGUUUUUACAAUGCGUAUGCAGGGGAAUCACUGAUCCUACACCAAUUGUGAGAAAUGUGGCGCUAUUUGCACUUGGUCACUUUUCUGAAUAUUUACAGCCAGAAAUUAGCGAUUAUGCGUCUGAGCUAAUGCCCAUCCUUUUGGAAUAUUUAUCUCAACUUUGUAAUCAACUUUUAAAAAAUGGCAAACCUUCUCCUGGAAUCGGUAAAAUGUUUUACGCCCUAGAAAUGUUUUGCCAAAAUCUAGAAGAAAAAUUGACUCCUUAUCUACCGUCUCUAAUGGAGGGAUUACUAUUGACUUUGAAACCGGAAUACGCCAUACACAUUCAAGAUUUAGCCAUUAGUGCUAUCGGAGCAGCCGCAGCAGCUGUCAAGUUGGAAAUACUGCCAUUUUUUCCAAAAAUCAUCGAACACUUAAAAGUCUACUUGCUACAAGAUCACGAACCGGAUACACUUUGUUUACAAAUCGAAGCCAUCGUCACGUUAAGUAUUCUUGCUCGAACUCUCGGUGAGGAACAUUUUUCACCACUUGCAGAAGAAACUAUGCAAUUAGCUUUGAAAUUAGCCGACACAGAAGAUCCGGAUGUUAAAAAGACAACUUACGGUUUGUUUUCCGCUUUGUCAUGCGUUAUGAAAGAUAAAGUAUCACCUUAUUUAUCGAAAAUAGUAGAAAUGAUGAUAGAAUCUCUAAAAAGUUCUAGCGGUAUUGUUCCUCACUAUUCUGAAGAUGAAAAUGCUGUUUUGCCAAUAUACGACGAUCUGAGUGAUACACCCGAUGAGGAAGAUAUAGAUAACGUUUCCGAAGUAUCAUCCGACAGUGGUGCAGAUCAUUACACCGUAGAAAAUUCAUACGUCAUUGAAAAAGAAGAGGCUUGUUUAGCUUUGAAAGAUAUUGCUUUUUACGCAGGAUCGUCGUUUUUGCCAUUUUUAGAAGAAUCUUUUCAAGAGGUAUACAAAUUGGUUAAUUAUCCGCACGAUUAUAUUAGGAAAGCAUCGAUAGAAGCACUGGCACAAUUUUGUGUUAACUUUUCGAAAAUCGAAACGCCGGAGGGGAAACAAGCUUUAAAUAAAAGUUUGAGUAUGGUGAUUCCCAAAUGUGCCGAAUUGGUUAAAACCGACGAAGAAAUCUCUGUCGUUAUUGGCGUUUUGGAUUCUCUGAACGAAAUUGUUAAAGAUAUUAAAAAACCAGCCGUGGAAGGAAGUCACAGAGUGGCUAUAGUUAAUUCCAUUAGAGAUGUUUUGACGUAUAAAACUCAGUGCCAAGAUAAAGAAGACGAGGAUGAUCCGGAUUCUGAAGAUGCCGAACAAGAUGAAUUAUUAUUAGAAACGGCAGGUGACAUCGUUCCGAAUCUGGGAAGAGCAAUGAGUUCGAAUGAAUUUGUGCAAUGCAUGUCGGAGCUUUUGCCGAUAAUAAUGGAAAAAUUGAAAAAGAAAUCAUCGGUUUCGCAAAGAUCUUUUUUUGUCGGUACUUUGGCCGAAUGCAUGGCUUUGAUUGGACCGGAACUUAGCUAUCAAGCAGUUCACAUGUUACACGUUUUCUUACCCCUGGUAAAAGACGAACAUCCGGAAGUUAGAAGCAAUGCAAUUUAUGGACUUGGAGAAUUGGUUUUUCACUCGAAAGAUCCGCUUUUUCCGCAUUACAACGAAAUAUUAAAUCUUCUUUCGAACGUUUUAUCUAGAGAAACUUUUAAUAAUGCAAUCGAUAACAUAUGCGGCGCCAUUGCCCGACUAGUCAUAACGAAUACGGAAUUGGUACCCAUGGACAUUGUGUUCCCCGGGUUCCUACAGAGACUUCCGCUCAGAGAAGAUUUCGAAGAACAUUCUGCCGUGUUGAAAUGUUUCGGUCACUUGUAUCAAUUAGGUCAUCCCAUAUUAUUAAAACAUUUAAUGGACGUUAUAAAAAUAUGUUGCAGUAUUUUACAUGACAAGCAAGGAAAAGAAGACGUUCUAGCCAUGACGUGCGAAUUUUUAAGAAUGUGUCAAAAAGAUUUUCCAGUAGAAUUUUCAAACGUUCUUCAAUCCGUACCCGGUGAAGUUUCUGCCAAGAUUAGCGGUUUGCUUACUUCGUCUCCAAAGUAA